UUUCACCGUACUGUUUCGCCAUCUUGCGGACGCCUGUAGCAACUACAUCGCGCUGUACCGCUCUCGCACGCGGCACGGUCGGCCCCGGAACGAACCCCACUCACCUGGUGCCGUCUCGCUCCGUCCGCGUACAUGCGGUUUCCGCACAGCAAUGCCCUCGAGCCGUACGGGUGUGUGCGUGUCGCUGUCCGCGGUGGAACACGACAGAAAGAGCAAAGGAAUCGUUUCGUCGCGGUUUCGGUUUGUUCGUCCCAUUAUUUCCCGUUUUUUCCCAGCAAAAUCGUGCAAUAACCUAACAAAUAGACAGUGCACGGUGCAGCGGACGUGGUGCACCGUUAGUGAGCGUGCGGGUGAAAGUUCGGCAGCAGCAGCAGCAGCAGCAGCUUCAUCGAUCCGGCCCUUUACUUAUUCGGUCUGGUGCAAACAGUGUAGCGCGCAAAAGUGUGGCUCCCUAGAGCGUGGUGCCGUAGGUAGUGUGUGGUGGUGUUGCGGAGUGAAGGUGUACCAGCAGCAGUAGCAGCAGCAGCAAGAAUUAUCGUCGCAGUUUGCCGCAGUUGGCCCCGCUCCGUCGGUCGAAGUGGAGUCGCCGCGCCGCGAAGAAGCGUUCGAAGCGAGUGUGUGACGACGCCACACACAUCUUUGUCUCUCCCGGGCGGCCAGGCAAACGAUGGCGGCGAUGCUGGUGUGCAAUCAACAUCGUAGCAGCAGCAGCAGCAGCAGCCGCAGCCGAGGCAACAACAACAGCAACGUCGUCGUCGUACGCGGCAGCAAGCUGCUAGUGUCGUGAUAGUGGUGGAAUUGAUUGAGUAGUGUGCGUGCGUCCCUGCAUAUGUGUGUGUAUGUGUGUGUGUGUGUGCUUGUGAUUGCCGCAUGGGCCGACAAGAAAAGUUUAGUGUUUGCGGUAGCGCCUGUGUCUCUCCACGCCUCUUCUCUUCCUCCCCCCACGAGCGGAGCCAGCCAGCCUGCGCAACUAGUAGUAGUGCGGAAAAGUCCGGAAAAUAAGCAGUGAAUAGAAGAAGCAAUAGAAGAAGAAGAAGAAGAAGGGAAAAAUCCCGCAGUGGUGUUACACACACGCCUCGGAAACCUCGCCUCGCGUUGUAGAGCAUCACGUGUGUGUGAGUGUGUGUGAGUGUAUGUGUCUGUGCAGCAGCGUGUAUGUGUAUAGAGUGUAGUGAAUUUGUAUGUGCACCACCGGGCGUACCAUACUGCUGAUUCGCGACGGAUAAAUCGCGGAUCAAUUCACAAAGAGUGAAAAAGAAAAAGAAAGAGAAAGAAAGAGAGGGAGAGAGUAUUGUUUACCGAAAAAGAUCGUUUGUGUACCAGUGUAUGUGUGUGUGUCAGUGAAAGGGCCAGCGUGCACGGGAAGAAUACGGGAAGAAAAACUUAGUGAGUGUGUGUUGUUUUUUUCUUCUGUCGUUCCCUCUCGCCUCUAUCUCUCUCCCCAGCAAAGAGCCGAUAGAGCGUGUGAGUGUGUGUCAACGCGCGCGCGUGUGUUUGUAUGUAUGGGGGGCGGGCUGUGUGUGCGCAGCGAAAUGUAUGUAUGCCACGAUAAUGAUGGCGGUUGCGAAUGCGAUGAUUGAUAAGAAUGUUGUGCGACCGUCCGCAUCGUCGUCAUCACCAGCAGAAGCAACAGCAACAACAGCAGCAGCAGCAGCUUUAUCAUCAGCAACAGCCCCGUCAUCAGCCCCCACCCUUCGUGUGUGGUAGUGUGUGCGCGCGGGUGCCAAAGUCAUCCAAUUUAUACCAAAUCCCUUCGCGUCUCGUCGGCGGCUUAGUGGAGCGUGUGCGCGCGCUUGCGUUCGCGCAUUAGUGUGCGUGUAUAUUUGCCUGUGUGUCUGUGCCGUAACGGCCGGAGGAGAACGGCCUCUUUGUGUAUCGGAGGGCCGAAAGGCGCCCCAGUGUGAUUGUGUGAGUGUAUUGUGUGUGUGAUUACGGUGAAUUCGCAUACAACAGUAGCAGCAGCUGCAGCAACAAAUCCCCUUCGGUGCAGCGAAUAUUGCUUACAAACCAGCGCCAAACCAUCAACACACACACACACAUCCGGGGAAACAGGAAGUGCGAAAGCACCAUUUCCUCGUCCAAACUCCCGGAACCGACCGAGGUGUGUGUGUGUGUGGGGCACGGCUUUGCUUUGGUGCAAACGACACGACGCCACCUUUCGAAAACGGCCGAACGCGCAUACCCAGCAUUAGGAUAGCAACAAAAUUAGCAUGGAAAAGGCAAAGGCGUACAUCAAGAACGAAUUACGUGGGGGCUCCCUAGCGCAGCCGGAGCCCCCGCCACCACCGCCGCACCAUCAACACCACCAGCAACAACAGCAGCAUCCGCAACUGCCUCCACAGCACCACCACCACCAUCAGCCGCCCAUCCCGAACGCGUCCGCCCAUCCGUACCAUCCGCACGCCCAGCAGCAGCAGCAGCAGCAUCCUCAUCUGCAGCAUGGUCACGGACCAGCGCCGCCAGCGUCCCAUCCGGCCCACCUGCUACCGGCCGUACCCCAGCACAGUACGCCGGUGUCGGCGGCGGCCUACCAUCCCCACCAUCCACCGGUCACCGGCGCCCGGUCGCCCUCGGUCGUCUCAAUGGACGAUCCGGCCAACAUUUGCUACGUGUGCGGCGCGCACGGCGCCCAGGACAAGUACUAUCUGCGGGUGCGCCAGAACCCGGACAACCCGGCCGAGCCGCACUUCCCGCUGCUCGAGUCGCACACACCGCCGGCCGGCGUGCCGGCCUGGACGCCGGCCAAGGUGGGCGUCCGGUCCUGCUACCUGUGCUUCACGACCUUCGCCCAGCAGUGGGACUACCACGAGCGGGAGGGCAAACCCCUGUCCCAGCGGCUCUACUGGUUGAAGCGCACCGACGACAAGAACUACAUCGGGGCGGAGAUGAGCAGCCAGGGCGAGUAUGCGGCCCAGGUGCUCGGGCUGAGCGCGGACCAUCUCGGCGGCGGCAUUCCCGCCGGCUACGGAGCAGCCGGCCAGCCACCACCGCCCGGACCACCAACCACUGGACGGGGGAUGGGGCCGGACAGGGAUGGCCGUCCGCCAGCGGGACCACCGCUGCCCGGGCCGGCGUACUCCUCCCCACUGCCGACGGUGCCGCGCAACGACAGUCCGCUGCGUGGCAGCAGCGCUCCGCAGCGGAACGAUUCGCCACAAUCGAAGGGCGGAGGGGAGGGAGGUUCCAGCACAACCUCGACCGCUCCCCCAUACCAUCCGGCGAAGCGCUUCUUGGAGAAUCAUCUCGCCAGUCAGCAGCAGGCAGGCGCCACCACGAACGCACCCGCCAACAGCAACAGCACCGUCCAGCCGCAACCACCGGGGGCGGCGACGGGGGCUACGGCGCCAGCACCGACGUCACGUCCGUCGAGCCGAAACGAAAAGUCGACGACGCCACGGCCCAGCACGCACGACAGCCCGUCGCCCGUGCCCUCGCCGGCCGGUGCCAGCCUGCGCUACGAUGGACGCAAGAUGUCCUCCUUUGCGCACCACAAGCUCAAGAUGGUGAACUACAACAAUGCGGGCGCGGCGGAACACCAUCGGAACCAUCUGGGCACGGGGGGCGGUGGUGGGCCACUGUCGUCCUCGUCCACCUCCUCCCAUUCGGCACAGCAGCAGCAGCAGCAGCAGCAGCAGCAGCAACAGCAGCAGCAACAUCAAUUAAGGCUCGAGGAGGAAGGCGCACUGGAUCUAAGGAACUCGGCCACCGGCAGCAUGCUCGGUGGCUCGUCGGUGGGCGGCAUGCUGGCGGAGGAGAGCAGUCUGCGGGGCAGUGGCAGCAACAGCAACGGUAGCACCGGCAGCACCGGCACGGACAUACUGGACCUCUCCAUGCCAGACAAGAACUCGAUGACGGAGGUGUGCUACGUGUGCGGCGACGAGCAUCGGCGGGGGAGCCUGAUGGAGAUCGCGACCGUCAAGCCGAAGGACGUGAAGGACCAGGAGAAGCCGUACUUUCCGAUUUUCGACGAAACGCACGCUCGACCGGCACGAUCGCGUCCGAAGGAUCCGAAAGGAAUGGUGCAGGCGUGCAAGGCGUGCCACCAGUAUCUGCUCAACCAGUGGCAAUCGUUCAACAUUCGUUCAAUACCCGAGGCUCAGCGGAAAUAUCAAAUCCGGAAACGCCAAAACACUCAGGAACGGUCGGCCACGUUCGUGUGCUACACGUGCGGUGCCGAUACGCCGUCCUCGCAACUACGCUUAGUGUACUGCUGCCCGAACGCGGAGCGGGAACCGUACUACCCGUUCAUCAAAUCCCUGAAAGCACCGACCAAUGCUAGUCCAAUAAGUCCACAAGGGAUGGUGCAAAUAUGUUCCACGUGCAAUAAGAAGAAUGCCCACCGAGCGGAGGGGGGCACGGUUAGCAAUGUGGACGAACGUUAUCCGUCGCCGACGAAAAUGACGUCUAGUGUGAUAAAUGAGGUUGUACGAUAUAAGCCUUAUGAAUUUGCCUCCGCACUGCCCGGCGGACCACUGCGGGACCAGAAGGGUAAUCGAAGGGAUUCAAGACCAAAUACACCACCUCACCUGCAAGGGCCAGUGGAAAAUGGCCACGGUCAUCAAUGUACCAUUUGUAAGAAUACGUUUCCUGCCACAUCGAUGGAGUAUCUGUCCACCAGUGCCGAGCACAUGAACUCGCACGCGAUGCAUUUUCCCUGUCUGAAAGGGAGCAACGACCAGAGCCGGGUGCUGGCGUGCAAGAACUGUGUCGAGAAGCUCACGGUCCAGUGGGAAACGAUGGACGCUCAGCGCGUACCGCUCGAGCACAGGAAGUACAUCAUCCCUUCGCCAACUCCCAACUCUGCCUCGAUAUCGCCGGGCGGCGGCAGCCUAGUUCGGCCGCAGUCUAGUGUCGGUGGUACGCCCCCGUCCACACCGGCAUCUACCGUGCCGAGCACCUCGGUGUACUGUUUCAUCUGCGGGUUGCAUUCGGAGCUGAGCUUCGCCCGUUUGCUGUAUGCCAACAAGGAGGGAUCUCGGCCUUACUUCCCGUUCCUGUUGAAGCACAAAUCGCCACCGAAUGCGGAGCAAUUGCGUGGUGACAGUUCGGCGCUGGUAUGUACCUUCUGUUACCACUCGCUGCUGAACCAAUGGCGAAAAUACGAGGCACAAAGUAGCAACCCUCCACCGAGCGAGCGGGAGUACAACUUUCACGAUUACUGCUGCCAUCUUUGCGGCAUUACGACGUACCGGAAGCGCGUACGGGCACUUCCAAUACGGGAGUAUCCGUUCGUCGCCAAUCGAAAGUGUGAUGGCAUACUGCUGGAAAACGGUGACUAUGCAGUGGUAUGCCUGGAUUGUUACGAAAGUUUAAGGCAACAAUCGGCCGAGUACGAUCGGUUUGGUGUGGCGAUUGAAAAGCGAGAGUACAACUGGGUUGCUCAGCCGCCACCGCCAGAGGACAGUCCGGAGGUGUCGGUAGCACGCCUACCGAGCGGCGAACGGUCCGACAAGGCGAUCAAAAAUUCUCAGGGUGGACUUCGCUCGGCACCAAAUAAGAAGAACUGUUCGCCAAAGGUCACGAACGACAAACGAGAUGCACUACAAUCGAAACUAGCACAGAAGCGUCCCGUCACUAGCCCGGCACCGCCCGUCCUGUCCUCCUCCGCCCAGCAGCAGCAGCAGCUGCUGCACCAUCCGUCUUCCUCGCCACACUCGAACCAUCUGCUAGGCGGCCCGAACCACCAUCUGCCGCCGGGCGCCUCGCCCGGUUUGGUGCCGCCCCCGCAGCAGCAGCAGCAGCAGCAGCAGCAGGCCCCGCUCGGUGUGCCGUCGGUGGCGCACGGGGGUGGAUCGGGCGCCAUCCACGCGUCACCCAACGCCCAAAACCCUUCGUCCGGUGGACGCAGCAGUAGUGGUGGUGGGGGAGGCGGAGGAGGUGGUGGAGCAGGAUCGUUUGCUGCCGCGCUGCGUAAUCUCGCCAAGCAGGCGGACGUCAAGGAAGACGAACCGUCGGGUGCAGGUGGUGGUGGUGGAGGCGGCGGUGGUGCACCAGGGGUAGGAGGCGGAUCGAGUGGAACCCGGACCGGGAGGUGGUGGUGGAGGAGGUGGUCGAGACAGAGAUCAUCGCGAUCGGGACCGGGAACGAGAAGGAGGUGGCAACGGAGGAGGAGGAGGUGGAAUGCAGCUGGACGGUCGGGGCAACGCGAUGCCAUCGAUGGUGGUGGACAGGCGCGGGAGGACGCGCGGGGGAACAUUAUCAGCGACGGCGGCAGGAUACGAAGCGGGGACGGGGGGCGGGACAGUCGGGGAGGCGGCGUCGAUGCGGCCAAGAAGCAGCAUCAGCAGCAGCAACGCUCCUCGCCGCAACCACCGGAGAAGAUGCCGCGCCUCAAUCCGCCCAGCUCGAAUACGAUCCAGUCGGAACUGCUGGCCCGAAGCGGAUUUCAACCGUACAGACCGGACGAACGGCUAGCCCAUCCGGCCGGUGCGUUUCCGAUCGAUGCGUACUCGGCGUUCGGCUCCAUUCCCGGCAUGCCACCAGCAAAUCUCUUCAACCCGGCCGCACUGGCGUACCACGAUCCGGCCAUCUAUCUCGAUCCGCGCUACCAGAUGCUGCGGGCCAGCCACCAUUCGGCCGCAGGGCACCCGCUCUACCCGUCGCUACCCUACCCGCCCAACCUGUACGGCAUGCUGCCCGGCAUGGGCAUGCAGAGCAUACACGAGCGCAUGAAGCUGGAGGAGGAGCACCGGGCCGCUCGGUUGCGCGAGGAGGAGCGGGCCCGGGAAGCGCGCGAGGCGGCGAUCGAGCGGGAGAAGGAGCGCGAGCUGCGCGAGCAGCGCGAGCGGGAGCAGCGCGAGAAGGAGCAGCGCGAAAAGGAGCAGCGCGAGAAGGAGGAGCGCGAGCGGCAGCAGCGCGAGAAGGAGCAGCGGGAGCGCGAGCAGCGCGAGAAGGAGCGCGAGCGGGAAGCGGCCCGCGAGCGCGAACGGGAGCGGGAGCGGGAGCGCGAGCGAGAGCGCAUGAUGCACAUGAUGCCCCACUCGCUGCCCCGGCCGUUCUUCUCCAUUCCCGGCCUGCCGCCCGGCCUGUCCGCACCGCUCGGGCUGGGCAUGCGGCCCCAGGGCGGUCCGCUCGGGCUGCCCUCGCACCAUCCGCUGCACCCGUCGCUCGGGCUGAGCAUGGGACUGGGGCUGCCACAAGUGCCGCAGCCGCCGGCCGGCUCGUCGCUCAAUCUGUCGCACCCGUCGGCGGGCAUGGUGCCGCAGCCGCCCCCGCCCGGCAGCGCGCUGGGCCACCCGUCGAUACCGACCAGCCUGGCGGCGGCGGCCGCCGCCUACAGCCACAGCAUCGCCUCCACGAUGAGCUCGUACCACUCGUCGAUGGCGCACAUCGGCGGGCUGAAUCUGUCCCACACGGCAGCGCUGGCCAACGCGCAGAACCUCAGCCUGGCCGGUCACAUUCCACCGCCCGCCCACGGUUCGCUCAAUCUGUCCGCGGGCGGGUCGCCGGUGGCGGUCGUGUCGUCCUCCCCGACGGGCGGCCACCAUCUGGCGUCGCCCUCGCCCCACCAUCAUCUUACCUCACCGCACGGCGCCCCGCUCGCCCUAACGUCGAGCAAAUCCGCGUCCACCCAUCCGUCGCCGCACCCGGCCACCCGUGCUUCCCCGUCCUCGCCCAUCGUUGCCACGAGCGGCGGCGGCGGCGGCGGCGGCGGCAGCAACACCCCGAACAGUGCGGCCGCCCCGCACCCGUACUACACUGCCGCCGCGAUGGCCGCCGCUUCGCCACUGUCGCUCAGCAGCAAGGCGCCGCCCCAUCCCCAUUCGGCCCUGUCCUCGCACUCGCCCGUCGGUGCGGGCAGUCACCAUCUGCACCAUCUGCAUCAUCAUGCGGCGCAACAGCAGCCGCCGCCGCCGCCCGGGUCGCAUCCGGGCGCCCAAACGCAACCCCAGCUCUCGCAGCAUCCGCCCGGCGCGAGCGGGCGCAGCAGUGCGGUCAUAACGCCGCCCAGCACGCACCAUCAGGCGGCCGCGGUCGCCGCCCACCAUCACCAUCUGCAGCACCAUGCGGCGAUGGUGGCGGCGGCGGCGGCCGCCGCUGCAUCCCAGGAGCAGCAGCAGCGUUCCUCCUCCUCCCAGCAACAUCGCGGGCCGGGGCGGCGGCGUCGGGACCACCACCACCAACGCAUCGUCUAGAGCAACCGCCACAAGUAGUGGCUGCCGCUCCCACACAGCAGCAACCAUUGCCACCGGCGCCCGCGGCGGCCCCAUCUGCCGGGGUGCAACUCACGGAAC